ACAUAUAACAUUGAUGUUGAAUACUGUACUACUCUUAAUAUACGACUAUACGUGAUGAAAGAAAAGUAAAAGUGUUUUUGAUGUUCAAUACUUUAAUUUAUAUAUUUGUUAAAGAUAUUUGUGCUUUAUCAAGAAAAAUCAACUUAGGUUUUUAAUAUUAUUCUUCGGUGUAAUAUUUUUUAGUCGGGCCAUUAUAAAUAAAUGAUUGUUUGUUAAAAAAUAACAAGAACCAAAGGGACACAGCCAUUGUGUUGAAUUGUAUAACUUAGCUACAAAAUGUGUGGAGGGUUUACUUGUUCUAAGAACGCUUUGAUCGCCCUUAAUAUUCUCUAUGUGGUGGUUGCUUCUAUACUCAUAUCAGUGGCAGUGUAUGGGCAGGCGUCGUCACUGGUUACCAAUUUACCCAUCGUGGGUGGUAUUUUAGCAUGUGGAGUGUUUCUCAUCUUAAUAUCUCUUUUGGGAUUGGCUGGAGCAGUGAAGCAUCAUCAAGUUAUGCUUUUCUUCUAUAUGGUUAUUCUUUUCCUGCUGUUUCUGGUGCAGUUUUCAGUGGCUUGUGCUUGCCUCGCUGUUAAUUCUGACCAGCAGGAAAUGUUAGCUCAACAGGGGUGGAACAAAGUUAAUCUAGAGGUGAAAGAACAAGUCCAGGAAAGGUUCCAGUGUUGCAGCUUCCAAAGCAGGAUAAUGCCACCAAAUACCACAGUAGACUACCCAUCUUGCAGUUUAGUGGAUAGGAUUUGCUGCAAUGACAAGGAAAUAUCACUCGAUUGUCAGUGUCAGCCAUGUAUGGAAAAAUUAAAGGAGACAAUAGACAAUGCCUUCAAACUUUGCGGUGGUAUUGGACUCUUCUUCAGUUUUACAGAGUUUCUGGGUGUGUGGUUGACAGUAAGGUAUCGUAACCAAAAGGACCCGCGGGCUAACCCCAGUGCAUUUCUCUAAAUGCUCUAAGGAUUAAAUGACUAAAGCUAUUUGCAGUUUGGCUCGCCCGUCGGUACCGCAAUCAACCUGAUCCCAAUUACAAAGAACCUCACGCUAUAUUUCCGAGAAAGAACUAUUUAUAUUGAAUCAUUUCUCAAUCUUAGAUUUAAUUUAGUUUCUUUUUAGUUUCUAUUAGUGAAUAGUCAAAUUUAAAAUAAUAGCAUGAUGUUAAUUUUAAAAUAAAACAGUAGAGUUACUGAUUAAAUUUUGAUGUAAAUAUCCUAUAAAGAAUCUAAAGUAAGUAUCUUAAUCUACAAAAGACAUUAAUCUUUAUUUCAAAAUAUGAGAUACGACCUUGUGUACUAUUUCACGUGCUUAGUUACCUCGUAACUUGGUGAAGGCCAAAUAUUUCUCUAGAAAGUAGAUACAACAUAUUUUCGCACACUCAGUGCUAAUAUUUUAUAUUCAUACGAGGCUUUAUUUUUAAGUACUAGCCUGUACCGAUUAUUUUUCUAUAAAUUGCGUAUAUGGGAUUAAAAACCCGCCUCGAAAUAAAAUAUGAAAUUUUAAAAUAUGUCUAGGAAAAUCAAGGUGAAAUGUCAGUUUCAGAAAUGAUGCUCAAAAUCAGACGACCAAUAAUCUUAUAGUAUUUCGUCAAAUUAUGAUUAAAUACUGAAAAUUAACUGUGUAUUACCACCGACCAAUGUUAAUUCCGAUAAAAGCUAAAUUAGUUAAUCUGAUUCUACACAGCGUUUCAGAAACUGGAAUUUAGUCUCUAAAAGUAUCUAUCUAUUUUUGAGAAAGUAUUUCAGAUAAAUUCAGACUUCAUGGUAGUAAAAAUUAUUUGUGUUCAAUUGAAUUUGAUUUUCAGCUUUUGCCAGUGAUACUAUAGUCCGAAAUAUAUUUUAGCCAGUUGAAAAACAACUCUUAUCUUUAUAUUAAUAAGGUGUGUUCUCGUGUAAGGUAAAAUGUACUGGAAGUGUGAAAUGACCUUAAAAUAGUUAUUCUUUACGAAUUAAGUGGUUUAUUGUUUUCAUUACCUAGUCAAUAAUAUAAUGAUUGAAUGUUUAUAUACUCAGUUUUACACUAGGUUCUUACAAAGCGGAGGGUUGCCAAUCAAGAAAAAUAGCGUAAAAUAUGUAUAUUCUAUUUUUUAUUUUAAUUAAACUAUGUUUUUGGCUGUGAAAGCUCAGCCUUUCCAUAUAAUUUUUUUGAUGUUAGGCAAAACAAAUACAUUUUUAAUGAAUCAAAAUAUUUUGAAAUAUAGUUGAGAUCCAAAAAAUAAAAAAUAAUUUAAAUGAAAAGAAAAGUAUGAUUACAAAUUAUACUUGGCAACCCAACAAAACAGUGAUACUUUUUUUAUUUUAUGUUAUAUUUGAUUAGUUAAAAAAUCUCGUUUAUACAUUUUACACUUUUAUUAUUUGUAGCCUUGCUGGUUCAUUAGGAUUAUGUUUUUUCAACAUAUCAUAAUAUGUAAUUUAGUAGCUAAAUUUAGUAUAAUUUAUAUGAACUCAUAUUUUUUUUCUGUGCUUAAUUUUUUUUUAUAAAAAUUUAAUUCCAACCCAAAACAGAGAAUGAUAGUCAUAAAGACAUAUGUGUUUAUAAUGUAUUUUCCGUUUAUAUAAAUGCACGUUGCUUCCAUUAUGUGUCUCUUCUGCCGUCUGUUUUGCAGUUUUAGUAGAGUCAAAAAUUAUGUAUACUUUCUGUAUAAUAAUGUUAUUCUAUUGCAUUCAUAUGUAAAGUUACUUCGAAUAAAGAUGGUUAAGCAUUA